AUGUCGUUUGGAGUUACCAAUGCCCCUAUUUCUUUCAUGGAUCUCAUGAAUAGGGUGUUUAAUGAUCAUCUAGACAAAUUUGUGGUAAUGUUUAUAAACGAUAUCCUUAUUUAUUCAAGAAUAGAGGAGGAGCAUGCAGAGUAUAUACGAUUGACCCUACAGAGAUUGAAGGAUCAUAAGUUAUAUGAAAAGUUCAAAAAAUGUGAAUUUUGGCUUUCUCAAGUGGUGUUUCUAAGGCAUCUAGUAAGCAAGGAUAGUAUUAAAGUUGACCCAAUUAAGAUUGAAGUUGUAAGAGAUUGGCCAAAACCAAAGAAUGCUUUUGAAGUGAUGAGUUUCCUCGGGCUAGCACGAUAUUAUAGAAAAUUCGUGGAGGGAUUUUUGGAGAUUGCCACGCCAUUAACAGAGUCGACAAAGAAGAACUUGAAGUUUGUAUGGACUGAGGAAUGUGAACGUAGCAUUCAGGAGAUAAAGGGUAAAAUUAUUAUCACACCUAUUUUGAGUCUUCCAACGAAUGAUGAGAGGUUCAUAGUAUAUUGUGAUGCAUCAAAAGAAGGACUUGGAUGUGUGUUGAUGCAAGCUGGAAAGGCAGAAAUGUGA